AUGUCAUCUGCAAACAAAGGCAACUUCCUCGAAUUGGUAGAAUUGCUCUCAAACUAUGAUCCCAUUUUAAAGGAACAUUUCAUGAGGCUGAAACAUGCUGUUGCAUCUGGAAAGAGAAUGACCUCCUAUUUCUCUCCAAAAAUUCAGAACAAAUUAAUUUGUCUUUUGGGAAAUCAUGUGAAGGACAAAAUAGUGGCUGAUAUCAAGAAAGCAAAGUACUUUGGGAUUCUUUUUGACAGCACCCCUGAUGUGUCCCACACUAAUCAGAUGUGUGAAGUGAUCAGAUAUGUUAAUAUUGAAGGGGACCAUGUUGAAGUAAAGGAAUCAUUCUUGGGCAUCUUUCCUGUUGCUGAAAAGACUGCUGCGGAGCUCACAAAAAAUAUCCUGCAACAUCUGGAGGAAGAUGGACUAGACAUAAGCCUUUGCCGUGGUCAAGGAUAUGAUAAUGCUGCAACUAUGGCAUGGAUUCAUGGUGGUGUUCAGGCAAAAAUAAAAGAGAUUAAUCCCAAGGCUUUGUUUAUGCCAUGUGCAAACCAUUCCCUGAACCUAUGUGGGGUGCACUCAUUUGGAAGUGUUGCUACCUUUGUGACCUUUUUUGGAACAUUGGAGAGAGUGUAUUCCUUUUUUUCGGUUUCUAUACAUCGUUGGGAAUUGCUGAUGGAAAAUUUAGGUGUGACAGUGAAAAGACUUUCCCAAACAGGAUGGAGCGCUCAUUAUGAUGCUGUGAAGCCAGUGAGGGCAAAUUUUGAAAAACUGACUUCAGCCCUUGAAAAAUUGUGA